GACGAUCGGAUCGAGUGGGUCCUCCGUGAUCGCUGCUGUAGGAGCCGGGGAGCGGUGCGGGUGAAGACAUGCCCUGUGAGAGACUCUGUACCAUGCUCCGAAUCAUAGCAAGCACCUUGUUUGCUUUGUCGGUGCUGGGGGCCAUUACCUGCACCUAUGUGAAGGGAUAUCAGUUUAGCUACACAGAGAAUUACCACCUGUCCUUUGGGCUGUAUGGAGCCAUCCUCGCUCUACAUCUUUUUAUUCAGAGUCUCUUCGCCUUCUUGGAACACAGGAGGAUGAGGAAGGAGAAUCGACCCCUCAAAUUUACCAAGUCAGUCGCUCUUUGUAUCGCUGCUUACCAGGAGGACCCAGAUUAUCUCAAAAAAUGUCUAGCAUCAGUGAAGCGGAUUGCAUAUCCCAACCUCAAGGUGGUGAUGGUCAUUGAUGGCAACAGCGAGGAGGACAUUUACAUGAUGGAGAUUUUCAAUGAGCUCAUGGGCUUGGAGAACACUGGCUCUUAUGUCUGGAAGAGUAAUUACCAUGAGAAAGGAACUGGAGAAACUUGUAUCACCUUCAGUGAGGGCAAGAGGAGGGUGGAGGAAAUCGUGACUCAGUCUAAAUUCUCUUGCAUCAUGCAGAAGUGGGGAGGGAAGCGAGAGGUGAUGUACACAGCAUUCGCCGCUCUUGGGGAUUCCGUGGAUUAUAUACAGGUGUGUGAUUCAGACACAGUAUUGGAUCCAGCCUGUACUGCAGAGAUGGUGAGAGUGCUGGAUGGAGACCCCAGCGUAGGGGCAGUUGGUGGGGAUGUGCAGAUCCUAAACCUGUAUGACUCAUGGAUCUCAUUCCUGAGCAGUGUCCGUUACUGGAUGGCCUUUAAUGUGGAGCGGGCUUGUCAAUCCUACUUUGGCUGUGUGCAGUGCAUAAGUGGACCACUGGGCAUGUAUCGCAACCCCCUGCUGCAGCUUUUCCUGUGUGACUGGUACAACCAGCAGUUUUUGGGCUCCAAGUGCAGCUUUGGAGAUGACCGACACCUCACCAACCGAGUACUGGGCCUCGGCUUCAAGACAAAGUAUACAGCCCGCUCCCGCUGCCUGACUGAGACCCCAAGCCGCUAUCUUCGCUGGCUCAACCAGCAGACCCGCUGGAGUAAAUCCUACUUUCGUGAGUGGCUGUAUGGUGCACUCUGGUUCCAUAAGCAUCACCCAUGGAUGACAUAUGAGGCUGUGGUCAGUGGUUUCUUCCCUUUCUUCCUGACGGGCACCGUGCUGCGCCUCUUCUACAAGGGACGGCUGUGGAACAUUCUGCUGUUUCUGCUAGCUGUCCAAGGGGUGGGGGUGCUGAAGGCCGGUUUUGCCUGCCUGCUCCGGGGAUCUGCACAAAUGCUCUUCCUGUCCCUCUACUCACUGUUAUAUAUGACCAGUCUCCUGCCCGCCAAGCUCUUUGCCCUGCUCACCAUUAACCGGCCUGGCUGGGGAACAUCAGGCCGCCGCAAACUUGUUGUUAACCUUGUGGGCCUGCUGCCUGUAUCUGUCUGGUUUGCAGUUUUGUCAGGGGGUCUGGGUUACACUAUUUACCAGGAGAGCCAGCAGCCGCUACCUGAUACUGAGUGGCCUUUCCUCAUUAUUGGCUCCACCAUAUAUGCCUGUUACUGGCUGCUGCUGCUUGGCCUCUAUCUGGGUAUCGUAGCCAAACCAUGUGGCCACAAGCGGGAGCACUGUGAACUAGCCUUCCUGGAGGCCUAAAGCCCGGGCGCUGCUGUCACACAGCUGCACAGGGACUGCCCACUCCAUGGCACUACCUCCACAUGUGCCAAUCAUGAGGGCUGUUGAUACCGUCAAAGCCGCAGGUGCCUGAGAUGAGUCCAGGAGCAAAAUUUUAAUUCCAAUUUGGUCAUUUUUACUUAUUUAGUAAACAAUAACAGUAAAUGUUUAAAAGAUUGCAUGGAGCAAUAUUUCCACAGCAAAUAGUUAUUUGGUAGUACAGGACUUGAGUAGUGCUGAAAAAAGGUACAUUUUGUCAAAGCUUUUCAUCUUCCACUCAUCAUAAUAUUGAGUGAGAGCAAAUUCUGAUUGGCAAGUGAGCCCUGAUUGGUGCAGGCAUUACGAAGGAACUGUCAAAUGAGCUCCCUUUCCAUGGGAUCCUUGCUGAGAAAUCAGCAGAAGCCUUCUCUAUUACUGUUCAUUGCAAACCUAUCUUCACCAGACAGUUUACAUAUUGAGUUCCACAUAAGAUAGGCUGUCUAAAUGGAACUUCAGCCAUUUGCUCACCCUGAAAACUUGAUGCUGAAAUGGGAAGAUAUGCUGAAAGAUAAUGGUUAUCUUAAAUUGAUCAUUUUUUGCUGAAUAUUGUGAAAACUCAACAACAGCCUAGGCCUUCACUUUUGGCCCUGAAAAGUAGCUGGUCUACCUCAGAUUAUCCAAACGGUAAGGUAUCUGAACUGUUUGAGGAACAGUUGAAGCUAUCCGUUUCAUGCUGUUACUAUGCAGUAGCAAUAAGUGGUGUUCAACACUAACAGGAUGCUGCUGGCAAGCCAAAAUGACGCUCUGCCUAUCACAUCAAUUAAUAAUGUGGUAUAACAAUUUUAGGGCCAGUGUGAUGCCACAUGUGUAAGACAUAUAUCCCAAAAACUAGUAGAUCAUAUAAAACAACAUAUCACUUCAGCUGUUCACAACAAGCUAGGUAUAAUUGUACCUAACUGACUUGUGCUUGCAAAGCUCACACACAGUUUCUGCAUUUGCUGAAUAAAAUUAUGCUGACAACUGUUUUAGGAUCAUCAGCUGGACUCAGUGAGGCAUACAUGAGUGCAGGAGGCAACAUAUAUUAAUACACAGUAUAAAUGUUGAUUUUCUCCUUAAAUUGGUAUUCUUGUGAAUUGUCCUGUUGAGUGUAAGGCAAAAAGCUUAGACAAAAUAUGUCCAU